AUGCCUCCAAAAGCCAUCAUUGAGAAGUGCGGCAACGCUUUUGGUUAGUAGUAAUCACAUACACGCAAGGUUGUCUGUCGAAUGUCUAUAGACAAUGCCAUCAUUUUCACAAUAUCCAUGCUGCUAGUGAAGUUUUCAGUUUUCAGUUUUCAUUUGUUUUCUUAUACUCCCUUCAAAAAUACGGUAAAUCUAGAAAAUAGAUGCAGAUGAUAACUCUUAACCAAUUUUCACUGAUCAUGUUUGAAGUUCAUCUCAGAAUUGGCUGAAAUAGAUUUGUGCUGCAAUAACUGCAGGAUACAUUGGUAACUCUAAACUCUUAACAACAGGUUCCAUUAAUGUUUUCAGGUUGAAUCCAAUCAGAAAUCUUACUCUGACUGUAUGACUGAGUCAAGCAUAGCAUGACCCUGCUAGAAGUGUUAUCAAGUCAAACUACACUAUGCUGAUGUUUCGUAUCACGUAUCUACCAAUUAUUCACCUCGUUGAGAUUCCGUGUUUUUGGGCCUUUUGGAUAUUAUGUUCAGUAGCAUCUUGCAGAACCGUUCUACUUCAUCCAAAAAUCCUCACAAACGAUGCUUCUUUCAUUUUGGGACCAUCCAUGGCCUCAAAAAAGAGCCCAAGGUUCUACAAGAUUACCUACCAUAUGUCUCCAUUUUCACUUCGAAGGCCCCGCCCAAAGCCAGCCUCGUAUUUAGCACUGGAACUCGAAGGCUUCGUUCUUGCUCAGUUCCAUGAGAAGUACGGAACUACGCUCUGCAAUAUCUUCCUAUCGCCAUUUCUACCACGCUACCUCAAUAUCCAACCAAAUCACGAAAAAGUAGAGGACUACAGAUAUCUUACGAACGGGGAACUACGAUCUCUCGCAAAGGAGAGUAACCGUGAGGUGGAGUUGUUGUUUGAGCUACAUCGCCGGAUGGUAUACGCUCGUUUGCAUGGAGUACCUGAUGGCGAGGGCAUCCGAGAAUUUGAUGUGCUUCUUCCCGUCAGCUGGGGUAGUAAACGAAGAAAGAGAUGGUUCGGGGAAAGACAAGAGUUGGUUUUGGAGUAUGAAAGCAAAUGGGACCUACUUCCUGGGUACUCUCCAUAUAUUCGGGAUUUCUCGAGUCUCGAGGAACAAGUGGAAUUGUAUAUCUUCAAAUUGUCUGCGUGUAUUUUCGUAUUUAUGAUAUCUCUCAAGUAA